UCGGUCACAAGGACUUCCGGAAAGGUGGUGGUGACGCGCCCCAGGGUUCCAGAAUACCCCGCCAAGGUGCAAGGCAAGUAGACUGUGCCAUCUUUCCUUGCCCUGCGCGUCACUCGGCCUACUCAGCGACCGCCAGGACCGCUUCAUAGGGCGUGCUUUCGCGGCAUCCAAGUCAGCAGCAAGCAUUCUUUCUUCUUGCUCAAAGGCUGACAGAGAUUCCUUAAAGCCUCACGCAGAAGACCACCUACCCACGCCGACGAUGACCUACCAGCAGGGCCAUCCCCAGCUGGGGGCGACGUUUAUCCCUGGCGGUUUCGAUGACUAUUAUAUGCCGGCGCCUUCGCCUGAGGUCAUCUCGCCAGCGCCUCAACGCAUAAUGCCCGAGGUGCCUGAAAACAUGCAGGAAAACAUUGCCUAUCUUGAGUUGGAAGCCAACGGGCCUCGCGGCAUGAACGGCGCCAUGUCGCCAACCCAGGGCUAUAACCAGUCGCAGCAAAACUUCCCACCACGCCAGUCGAGCUUCCAAAACGAACCUCCUGCGCAGGCAGAGUCAUGGCCAGCACGGCAGGCGAGCAUUUCCUCCGCGUUUCGGCAACCACCGAAUGUGCAACCUCAGCCCGUACAGCAACAGCAGCCGUCGCACGACUACAAUCAAUUCGCGCAAAACCACGAGUCCCCGAACUUCUCGCCUUUCCCCAAGCUCCCAAACAAGCCCCCGAACGUGCCGCCGUCAGAUGACGAGAAAGAAGCAGUCUUGGAAAAUGCGCGGCUGCCAGUGCUCAACUCGAAUGACCCGGAGAUGCAGCUGGCAUGGGCACAGGACGCACUACAAUACGUAGAUGCUGCCCAAGUACAUGAACAACGAAUAGCAGAGAUACAAGGUGCGAGGCCCGCAACACCGCAGGUCGAGCAUCAACUUCGCUUAGAUGCGCUGAAUGUGGUCACCUUCUUGGCAGACCAACACCAUCCCAAGGCUACGUUCAUGAGGGGAAUGUGGCUCGAGUUUGGCAAGUUCGGUAUGCGGGCGGACAAGAAGGAGGCUUUCCGGUGCUACUCGCGCGCGGCCGCCAAGGGGUACGCUCGAGCAAACUAUCGGAUGGGUAUGCAAUUCGAGCAGUCGAACGACCCUAUCAAAGCUCUUCAGCACUACCAGGCCGGUGCAGAGCAGGGCGAUUCUGCGUCGAAUUACCGCCUGGGCAUGAUGACUCUACUCGGCCAACACGGACAGCAACAGGACUUCGCCAGGGGAAUCCAGCUGAUUCGCCAGGCUGCGUCCACGGCGGAUGAGAAUGCCCCACAGGGCGCCUACGUCCUCGGUAUGCUUCAAGCGCGAGAGUUGCCUCAGAUCAAUGUUCCUGAGGUUUUUUUGCCAUAUGAUGAGAAGUCUGCGAGACAGAACAUCGAGAAGGCCGCCUACCUUGGGUUUGCAAAAGCCCAGCUCAAGAUGGGCUCCGCAUACGAACUCUGCAGCCUGGGCUGUGAGUUCAAUCCCACAUUGUCGCUGCACUACAACGCGCUCGCCUCGAGACAAGGCGAACCGGAGGCGGAUAUGGCUAUCAGCAAAUGGUUCCUCUGCGGCCACGAAGGUGAAUUUGCUAAGAAUGAGGAUCUGGCCUACCAGUACGCACAGCGUGCAGCGUCAGGAGGGCUUGCUACGGCGGAGUUUGCGAUGGGCUACUUCCACGAGAUUGGUAUGAACACCCCAGUCAAUGUUGACAAGGCGCUUGAGUGGUACGAGAAAGCAGAAAAGAGCGGCAACCAGGAUGCAGCUGCCCGUAUAGAGAGCAUUUCCAAAUCGCGGACGUUGUCAAAGAAGGAUCAUGAGAACGUCGCAAUCAAUAUGAUCAAGUCAAAACACGGCUCGAUGCGCGGACAGCGACCAGCAAGACUACAAAAAGCUCAGGCACCUUCUCUGCCUUCUAUCAGCGACAACAGUCCCUCAGAUUAUGGAUCAGAGGCAUCGCCUGCGACGAGUAGAAUGCCGAAUCGAGGUGAUUCAACCACUCCCUACCCUAUCUCUGAUAAUCCACCAAUUCUCGCAAACCAGCCUACCUCGGCGCCCUACGAACGUCCUGCCACAGCAGCGCCUUACCCCAUGGAUAAUGGACCGCCACGGCUAGGACCGCAACGUCCAAGCAUGGCCGGCGGAUUUGUACCAGAGGUCCGAGCCGCGAGCACUCGACCUGCAUCCUCGUCAUUCAGCAUCAACCCGAACAUCUAUCCAACAAACGACCCUUACGGGCGUGGGGGGCCCCGACCAGGCCCUGGAAGUGAUAUGGCCCCGCUACCUCUGCGUCCCCACAGCAGUGUGGACCAGAUGGGUCCGGGACGUGGUGGACGUGCCUCAAGCGGCGGACGUGGUGCUCUUCUGCCACCUGGAGGACCCGGUAACUACAGACAGCCUAGUGGUCCAAGUGCUCAGCGCCCCGAGCCUCAAAGCUACCCAUCCACAACACAGCCUCCAGACAUUGGGUUCAGCGCCCCAGAUGCAGGAAGGACCAAGCUACAGAAACUACAAGGCACCCCACUCAAGAAGCAGCCUACAUUACCCGAUGUUGGCUUCGUUGCGCCCCUCGAACCCCGGCAACACACGCGGCCUUCAACCGUGCAGCCUGGACAAGAGAACAGGACAUCUUCGCGGCUGGACAGGCCUUCAACUACUGCACCAAGUCAGAGCUCUCGUCCAUCGUCUAGGCCAGGUUCAGCUGGCCGCCCAUCAGCACAAGCCCCCAUGCCCAAGCCGAACAAAGUACCAACUUUGCAGCAACAGGUCUCCAAGCCUGCUCCCGCUCAAGCCAGUAAACCAGCGAAGUCAGGAACACCGGGCAACGGGCCGAAGACUUUCGAUGAGAUGGGUAUCGGACAGGCACCAAAAGAAAACGAUUGUGUCGUCAUGUAAAUUUUGAGUACCGUCGGUUCGGAUGACGUUUGCAUAGCGGGUGUGUUUGGUCGAGAUCUUGCAUAUUGACCGGCUUAAGUGAUUUGCUAUUUUCCUAACUGUAUACCCCCUGUUGGAAGCCGU